GGUGUCAGCUUUGUCAGUGCUCGUAGCAUGCUAGUUGUCAGGUGAUGUUGAACGCUUGCGAUUCCUGUUUUUUUUUUUUUCACAUCUGCCUCGUCUUUAAACUGAGCGUGGAAUCAUGGUCUUCUACUUUACCAGCGCCGUUGUGUCCCCACCCUGUACCAUCUACAUGGGCAAAGACAAAUAUGAAAAUGAAGAUCUUAUAAAAUACGGCUGGCCUGAGGACAUUUGGUUUCACGUGGAUAAACUCUCGUCUGCACACGUGUACCUAAGAAUGCCCAAAGGAAAGACAAUAGAGGACAUACCCAAAGAAGUCCUAAUCGACUGCGCACAGCUCGUCAAGAACAAUAGCAUUCAAGGCUGCAAAAUGAACAAUAUCAACGUUGUUUACACGCCAUGGGGAAACCUGAAGAAAACCGGAGACAUGGAUGUGGGUCAGAUUGGCUUUCAUCGCCAGAAAGAGGUCAAAACAGUGGCUGUAGAAAAGAAAAUCAACGAAAUCAUCAACCGGUUAGAGAAGACAAAGGAGGAGAAAUACCCCGAUCUCGCAGCGGAGAAAGAGUCCAGAGAACGAGAGGAUCGAAACGAGAAAAAGGUCCAGAUUCAGGAGAUGAAGAAAAGGGAAAAGGAAGACAUGAAGAGGAAAAAGGAGCAGGAAGAGUUGAGAAAUUACUCAUCACUUAUGAAAAGCGAAAACAUGACCACAAACGAGGAUGGUAACGAUUCUGACGAUUUUAUGUAACUGGAAAAAAAAGGUUUUCAGGAGCAGACUUGACAUCUUAAACCAUGCACACGCUUAGAGGGACACCAUAGCAUGCCAUGAAAUGGAGGAAUUUGCUUGCUGUGCAUCAUAAACACUACCUGUGCCAAUAAACCAUUUUGCCUGGAUCGUGUUGGAGCUAAAUUAACAAUGGCUUCUUAAACACCAAACAAGAAAAAGCAACAUUUUCCAUGGCAAGGCUGUUUACUCUAUGAACAAGGAUUGUUCUUUUCUGGCUAUCUUUGUUGAUUUUUCUACAGGGAAAAUGAUGGUUGUAAUUUGGGGAAGAGGGAUGGAAUGGCAUGGUUUUAUUCGAAUUUUACUGAUUUUGCAGCAGUGACUCAUCAGGGCUAGGAUGUUGGUCUAUCAUGGAUUGUGUAGUUUGAUAUGUUUCUGGCUCAAUUCCUUUCCUGAGACAUUAUGAUAGCCAGAUCUUGGUAUACACAUUGACUUUCGCAAUGCAUGACAGUAUAUAUGUUAGCCCUGGUUCAUUUUCUUGUUUGUUUUUCUGACGGAUGCAAAACAAUAAAUCUUAUAAUACAUGUUUCUUUUUUCACA